UAAAUCCUAAUAUUGAAAUAUAAAAUAUAUAAAAUAUAAUAAUUAUAAAAAUAUAUUCUGUGGCCUGAAAAACGGAAAAGUGUAUAAUAUGAUUGAAUUAAGGCAAAGAAAUUAUAGAUGUGCUUUUAAUAAACACGACGGGCCGAUAUUAAAAAUACCACUUGGUUUUUAGUACAUACAAAGAAAAAACGUAAAAACUGAAGAGGAAGGAAAUUCGGUCGGUGUCUGUCGUCGCUUAAGAUUUUUUUUCGAAAUGUAUUGCCUGCCCUUUAGAUGUUGAUAUAAUUUUGCUGAGAAAGAACAACAGAACAAUUUUUACUUCCAUCGAAACAAAGGCAAUCAGCAAUUUUUAAGUGUCUCGGUGUCUCUGUGGCUGAUACCCAUUUUCGUCAGUCUGUCUGGUUUUUUUUCUUCUACCUCUUGCCCCGUAUGUUCUAGUGGGAGCUAGUGGUGACAAUAAGCAGCAACCUGAAGCCACGAACGAAAUUUCAUUGGUAUACAACCUUAUAAUGGAAACAAAUCAGAAGGAUGGCAAUCAGUCUCAGCACCACAAUCCAACGACCACAACCACACUGCGUAGUGUGGAAUCACAACAGUCUCAAAUUGGUCAUCAACAGCAUCGUCACAAUCAUCAAAAUGAACUUUCACUGGAGGUGCAGCAGCAUUUGAACGAGGAGGUUGCAGCUGCUAAUUAUGAAACCGUUUAUGUUAUAGAAGAUGUUGGCCCAAAUGUUUCUGCAAGCAGAGCUCAGUUUAUUCCUCUAAGAUCUUAUGUAACGGACAAUAACAGCGCUACUUCGUCGACAACAGUGAGCACUUCAAGUGAACCACCGCCACAACAGUUGCAGCAAAAUCGUUUUUAUUGGCCAUAUUUUCACCAUCAUCGCCACCAUCCAGCGCAGCAUCAACAUCUACACCAACCCUAUCAGCAGCUUGGACAAUAUUGCAAUGCCUCACCGGUGUAUGUAUCUGAUUUAGAUAUGGAUGGCAUGGGAACCAGUGCUGCUGCCAGCAGUACAUCGUCGGCAUAUCAACACUCACGUGCCCAGUCGCAUUACCAUUGCAAUAUUCCGCCGCCAACGCCAUCCUCCUUACGGCCUCACCACUACCACACACAAUAUAAUGAUGAUUAUCAAGGAUAUUACAUGGUGCCUAUGCAUCAGCAGCCGUCUUCGUGCAACUGUAACUCGGCUGCAAGUAGCUCAACAAGUUCCGUAACACCACCACCGCAACCACUGCCAACAUCAGCAACACCACAAUGUGAUACCCGCUGUUCAACUUGUCAACCCACCACUAUGGCUCGAAGUUUGCCAAACUCAGAGUUUGUAGGUCCUUAUCAGCGUGAGACUGAGCUAGGCAACAGGGCAAGCGGUGCUGGUGAAUUGUAUGCCGCCCCCUCAAGCACAAAUGUCAUCUUUAAUAAUGGCACUAAUGGACAUCGUGAAAGGCCUAGAAGAAGGAUAUACGAAGAUGCCGCCUCAUCGUCGUCUUCGUAUGUCGCCGAUGUAGAGAUGCAGCGAUUGUCUUCUAGAGAUGAAGAUGAAGUUGCUUCAACCACCUCAACUUCCAUGACAGCGUUACAUGGCGAGGAAUUGGAAUCUUGUCGCGGAACGCCCUAUUCAUUAGCUCGACCACCCUCGGCCUCUUCCGAGGCUGAACAUGUGCAAUUUGCCAACACGCGUACCACAAAUACUACAACCACAACAUCGGCAGCAGCUAUGAAGAAACAUAAGUCCACCACCACUAAUGUUGUAGGCUCCUCUCCUACUUCAACCUCUUCUUCAUCGGCAAAUGCCGGGCCAAAUGGAAAUGGAGGUCGUCCUUCUGAAAGAGAUGGCUCCAGGGAACGUUAUAUUGUCGAUUUGGUGGAGUCCACCACUUCCAGCAAUUCUCAAAGGCGGCUAAGUGAUGAUCAACCAUCGACAUCUCAUCGUUUAAGAGAAACUUCCUUUAGUGGAAACUACUGGCAGAACUUGGAUGAAGAAAGCAAUGACCAUUCUUCGCAAGCCUGGAAUUUACAUAAGCCGUCUUCGUCUUCGGCACCAGCGGCGCAGCCCUCUGAAGCCCUACAGAUUGCAGAUGACAGAUCCAAUUCGCCUUUCUCUCGUUUCCAUGUACGCUACACAAGAUCCGAUGAAAGAGAGCGCGACGUGGAGGAAGAGGAGCCGGCGAGAUCUUCAAAAAUUCAAAGAUUAAAUUCCAACCACUCUGGGGGAGUGCACAGUCACAACGUCACAUUGUUUCCGUCCGCACAAAGAGAUGCCAGCACAGGUUCUUCUUCCAACGGCUCGUAUGUCAUAACAUAUGCUGGCCAUCAAGCACCUGCAGGCGUUUCAGCGCGAAGAUCACCUCAAGCCCUAGCUCCCGUAUUACCACCGCCACCAUUGCCUCCCAGACGUAUACGUUUGGAAACAAUAACAAGCUCCGAUCAGGCCCAGAACUUUGUUCUGACAGACCAAUUAAAUGAAAUCAUAUCAACGCGUGACAUGGAUGACCAACCCUCUACUUCUCGGGGUGGUAGGAGAGCCAGGUUGUUGGAGGCCUUAAAUGUAAAACCUUCAACGUCGGAGCAGAAUAUCAAACCUCCAGCAGUGCUUACUGCUCCCGACUUGCAGUUGGAUUGGCUUUCUGAUGCAACCACUACCCCAAGUACAGAUGGUGAUGAUGAUGAAGUUGUUUUUGUACAUUCUAGCAGGGAGCCAAUACUCUCCAUAGACUUAACGGCCGACGAUGAAUCUCCUUUAGCCUUGGAAAUUCCAACUCAGGAGAAUGCAGGCGAGUUGGAAGAUGCCUCAAUGGGAAGAGCACUAGUAAGGUCGCAACAUUCACCAACAACUACAUUUACUUCGUCGCCAACACCGGUGUCUGGUACGGCUGGAGCAUCAGUUUCUAUGCAGGGCGAUGAAUGGUACAACAUGCAAUACGCCCAUCAAUCGAAUAGCGCAGUACGUCUUGGUUCCCAUACGGCAGAACCGGCAUCUACAAGACUCUGGCAAGCUCCUUGCAUCGAUUGUUAUAUGACCAACGAUCAAAGCAAUGAAACCUCGGCGGAACCUCUGGCGCCAGCGGAUAGAUUGCAAACGAAUUUACCCAUAGGCUCUUCUCUGUUGGACACCUCAUCGAAUUCAUUGGCAACAACCAUUGUUCCGCAUUGUCACAGUACAAAUUCUUCAAAUAACAGCAUGAGCCGUUUGAGAACCGUAUGGCAUCCAUAUUUGCCGGAGCCUGCUGUGUCACCCGCACCACCCAUUGUGCCAUCGGCUUCAUUGCCGGUUAUACCUAAUUCACCACCGCCGAUAUUUAUAGUCAACCCUUAUGCCGAUAGCUCACAACGGUUUGUGAAUACCACGGUUGGGAGCGGUGCUCCAGUUGUUGCGCCAUUGGGUUUGGUAGGUGUUAUUAAUCAAAAUACACCUCAAAGGGCUUUACCACCAUUGACACCUCUAUACUUACAGCCCAGUUUGCAAGAGGCUGCAACCAAUCAACGGCCCAUAAAUCCUCCACCUCUACCUUUCACCCCUCCUACGGCUAUUUUUGGUGGUUCCACCACUCCCAGCGCCCAGCAAUACCAUCCACAUUCCAUGUAUCAUCGCCACCACGCACACUCAGCUCAUACCACAACACGACCUCAUGAAAAUAUAAUAACCCAUAAUCAUCAUGGCCAUUCCAUGUCACAUAGUCAUGGAUUGCCGCAUACACAUUCACUAACAUUCCGGCCGGGUUCGAGCAAUCAUGGUGCACCACCACCCUAUUUGGUCCAUCAAAAUCUUUGGCUGCGCCAACAUAACGUUCAAGAAAUCCAUCGUCGUCAUAUGACUCCUACGCCCAUUGACUUGUCGUCGAAUCCUUUGAAUUUAACCAGCAGUUUUCGUACAAGAUUUCAGCAAAUGGCCAAUGCAUGUUCCUGUGUACAUGGCCGCAAUGGACCUGUCUCUAGUUUGGAUCCUGCCUAUUAUCCUUAUGAUUCGCGCCCACAACCACAGAAUCGUAGGUGUCCGGCUUUAAGACCAGCCGUUCAUCAUCACAUGUUCCAUCACUAUUCUCCUGUGCAUGUGGAAAUUGAUUUAUCAACUCCUCGUAUUGUUAUUGGUUCUUCGAUACGUCCGCCAAGAGGAGCAACUUUGGAAAUUAUUGAACGCAAUACAUUGCCUCAUAAAUAUCGUCGUGUUCGACGACCCAGUGAGACUGACGAAGAUGCUGAGAAAUGUGCCAUUUGUUUGUCCCUCUUCGAAAUUGAAAAUGAUGUGAGACGAUUGCCUUGCAUGCAUUUAUUCCAUACAGAUUGUGUGGACCAAUGGCUGGUGACCAAUAAACACUGCCCCAUAUGUCGUGUGGAUAUUGAGACUCAUCUCAAUAAGGAUGCUUUGAUUGCAACCUCAACUAGUGGCAACACGGAUAGUGGAGCCAAUCGACCCUGGUGGCAAUCGACUGCUGAGUGUUAAAAACCUCACCUGCAUAUGAUGACCACAAAAGAUAUUUUUUCAAAAAGAAUAUCUAACCAAAUCUCACAUGAUAUGCUACACAGAAAAUGUUACAAAACAUAUGAAAAUUUUUAGUGUUCCUUUCCACAAAAACAAAAGAAUAAUAAGAUGUCUAUAAAAAAUAUUUAAAAAAAACACAAAGAAAAUUAAGAUUUAUAUUAUAUAUAUAUAUACAUAUUAAUAUUAAUAACUUACCAUACUACUAUUGUUUUUAGUUCAAACACAAAAUCUCAUUGCAUUGCACCAACAAUUUAUAAUAAUUUUUAAAAGUCAAAUUUCUGUGAAAUUUUGCUUAUAAAACAUUUAUAACUUAUGGUGUAUUUAUGCAGUGGAACAAAAAGGAUGCAACUAAAUAACGUAGCAUUACUCCAAAAAAAAAAGAAAUAUUCGAUUGUGAUUUUGUU